CUUGUAUCAAGAAACCCAACGAAGAGGAGGCAAAUCACUCUGAAUCAACCCCUAGAGCGAGAGGAAGACCUCCCCAGACCGUUACCUCGAUGCUUCAUGAAGGUGGAGUCAUUUGGGGGUAAAUAGAUGAGGAGAGAACACAGAUGGAUUAUCUCACAUGCGCCCGGAUUGACCAGCGUUCCCCUCAAGUCUUGAUUCCUGCUUUUUCUCCUCAGACUGAAAUCUGAAAAUCCUUUUCUGCACAUGUGGAGUGAAACAGCUAUUGGACAGACUUUCUGAUCUUCAGCCUAAAACUUUAUCGGUGGAGAAGAGGACUCACAUUGACUUGUCGAAAACUAUCAAAAAUAAUUGAGAGGGAAAGAAUCUUAUCCAGGUGCUAAAUAAUUGGGACUCUGCAGGGGGACCACCUCGCCGCGUCUGGACUGUGGAGGGCUCCCCUCCCUGCCCUCCCAGCCUUUUCUCGCCCCCAGCAGCAUGUCCCAGGCUCUGAGGCUGCCUGUAGUCCUCCACACAGCACACUACCAUGAUCAGAUGGGCUGCUGGAGGGAGUAAGGCUGCCUCUGCCUCGUCCUGCUCCAGGGCUGGGUUAGGGGCUCACGCUGGGACCAGACUGAGCUCCCCAUCCACACUGCUUUCCUCCCUGUCUUUGCCUCUUCUGGUUGCCCUGGUGUUUUUUUCCUUCUCCCUACCGGGGGCAGCUUGCCAUCAGCCCCGCAGAGACAGACUAAGGCUCGCCAACCCUCGAACUCUCAGGGUCCCACUGAACAUUUCUGAGACUGAGGUUUUGUCUAGGCCCAGGGCCACUGGGGGCCCCCUGGGUCGGACUGGGGGGCCACAAGGCAGGCAUGUGCGCAGCUACAAUCAUCUCACAGGGGACAUGCGGAGGAGGAAGCUGUUCUCUUUCCAGAAGUUUUUCCUGAGGAUCGAUAGGGACGGAAAGGUCAAUGGAACCAAGAGCAAGGAUGACCCCCUCAGCAUUCUGGAAAUCACAUCGGUGGACGUGGGAGUGGUGGCCAUCAAAGGGCUGAACAGCAACUACUAUCUGGCUAUCAGCAGGAAGGGAGAGCUGUACGGAGCGAGAGAGUUCGGUGUCGACUGCACCCUGAAGGAGCGCAUUGAGGAGAAUGGCUACAACACGUACGCAUCAGCUGAGUGGAGGAACAAGAAGCGGCAGAUGUUUGUGGGUCUGAAUGUCCACGGGAAGCCGCUGAGAGGGAAGAAAACCCGCAGGAAGAACACGGCCACCCACUUCCUUCCAAUUAUGGUGUGAACUGGAGGGAUCAACAGGGGGAGGAG